GCCGAGAGUGAGAGGACUGUGGCCGGAUCGGGAGAUCUUUUCUUGGGGGCGUUGGACGCGGGCGACCUCACCCGUCGCCGGCGGGGCCCCAGCGUCAAACCCCUGGCGCGAACCGCUGUUGCCGAUCAUAAUGGCUCCAUCCACAGGGAGCUUGGCUACUGCUCGAGCUGCCUCCCUGCCGGCCUGCGCUGCCCGCGAGAUCCCCAACCUCCAGCCUCUCACGCGCCUCCAUUAAUGCGCGCCCACCCCUCCUGCGCAGGGCGGGACGCAAAUCGCCGGCCCCCUACUUAUUUAGCGCCCUAACUAAACUCACGAGCUCAUCAGGGACAGCCAGCGCGCCCAAACGUACAUCUACCUCGUCGAGCGAACGUAAAGGCCGAUCGGAGCGACGAGACCACCCGCAGCCAUGGCCGCCACGGCCGCGGCGGCUCCCCGCCACGCCGCGCUCCUGCUCGCCCUGCUGCUGCUCGGGGUGCUGUCCACGACCGCCCUCGCCGCGCGCGCCGGCGCCGUGGACGCCGAGCUCGUCACGACCACCAAGAAGCCCGCCCCCGCGGGGCCCAAGAAGCCCGCCGUCAAGCCGCCGCCCGCGGUGCCCAACCCGGGCGCUGGCGCGGGAGGCGUCGGCGGCGCGAUCCCGACCAUCCCGGGCUUCGGCGGCGGUAUCCCCGGGAUGGGCGGGUUCGGGAACGGCAUCCCCGGGAUGGCCGGCGGGUGGGGCGGCGGCUACGGUGGGCCGGCGGGCGGGUACGCCCGCGGCGGCGUGGUGGCGCCCACGGUCACCUGCACCGAGAAGGGGCCCUGCUACAGGAAGAAGGUCACCUGCCCCAAGAAGUGCUUCUCCUCCUACAGCGGCGCCGGCAAGGGCUACGGCGGCGGCGGCGGCGGGGGCAGCUGCACCGUCGACUGCAAGGUCAAGUGCACGGCGUACUGUUGAUCGGCUCACCUCGCCCGUCGCUACGCAGCAGUGAGCUUAGUAGCCAGCUGCCGCUGUCUGGUGCUGUGACCGGGAGCUUCGUGGCCACUGGCCACCUUGCUGCUGGUGUGACCGCGCGCGUCGGUGAGCUCAGUACGAGUUGUUAUUCUUUAACUGCAGUGUUAUAACAGUACUACGUACUUCUGGGAUUAUAUAUAUAGAUGAGGGUAUGUGAUGUGAUGCUGGCUCCAUGUUUGGUUAAGAUGCUCUCUGCUUGUGGUGUGUAAUCGUCUACAUUAUGCUCUUACUUCUCAUAAAGUUUAUAGGCAAUGUCCGCGUGAAAUCCACUAUGGAUCAAUAAAGAGUUUUGUAAACAUAUAAAUGUCUGUCUUUCUUACUUGUACCAUGUAUCCAUGACUCAGAAAUCCUGCGGGGAGUGAGCUAAAUUGUUCCAAAA